GUCUGAGACAAUCAAGAGCCUCAACAGAAUCACCCCGUAUGAUGAUGCGUUCUACACCUGCGAUGAUACGAUCGCCUUGGAUGAAUCACCAUGUGGCGAAAUGACCAAGAUGCUUUUUUCUAGCGGCAGUCCGCUUGACAGACUCAACAACCUUGCUCGUGCAGAACUCAAGAAGACCGGCUGGUUCGAACGACCCGAUCAGUGGUCCAUCGUCAACAUGGGCCUCUCAAGUCCAAUGACGCACAUACGUGGACCCAUAGCUCCCCCCCAAACCCCUCCAUCCAUCCUCUCCCCAAUUCUCCCCUCCACACCCUCCAUCACCGCCGUCCCACCUCCAUCCUUCACACCAUCCCCACAAUCACCCAUGAAGACGGAUUCCUCCUUCAAAGCCAGUACCCCAAACGGCAAAUACAGCUCGAGCUCGCAUGAUAGUUUUCCAGACUUCAGCACACUGUCAUACGCUCCACGCGCGGAACCCGAGCCACCGAAACGUGUUGGAGUGAGUAGUCGCGUCAAGCAACUCAUGAAGCGCGUCUUGCACGUUAACGUCGGCGUGCAUCCAAGCAGGAGAUCAAGACAAUCUUUACUUGUGGGUGUGGGCUUGCGGCCUACUUCUAUGGCUGGAGGGUCUUCGGGUACGUGGGCGUUUACUAGUAUUGGAUCUACGCAUACACAGGCGGGGAACCGAUGGAGUGGGCUUUGGCAUUGACAGAUUCGUUCAUAAUUUAUUUGUCAUAUUCUUUUAUGAGUUACUGUACCCAAAAUCCUUCUUCAAGCGGCUCUAUUUCAACUGGCCUCCACAAGUGGUGCUUGUGCUCUCUAAUUAAGUAUACGACUCCUCCUUAA